AUGUCCUUGCCACCACCUCCAGGUCCUAAACAACCUUCUUCUCUCCCACCGCGUCCGCCGUCGUCAUUCAAACCAGCCUAUUCCUCCGCGCCUUCCUAUUCAUCUCCUGGCACUAGUGCCGCUUCCACAGCUAGUCAUGGCGCAAGACCAGCUGCUUUCACGGCCUUUGCGCCUCGCGCGGUAGCUUCGAGUCAACCGUACCGAAGCAGUCCUGCUGUUUCCGCCGCGCCUCAACCUAGUACGACAUACCAACAACCAGCAGCACCGGGCUAUUCGUCCACUUACCAGAACCCGCAACAGUCUUAUCAAGCAGGCGCACAGCCAUACUACGGUCAGCAAUCUGGAUACGGUGACGGUCAAUAUGGCGCCUCUGCUGUGCCUCAGAUCGCCAACCCAUUCCCGAUCCCCGGGCAGGGACGUGAUGGUGGUGUGGACCCCGAGAUGGAAGCUCAAAUUGCGCAAUGGCAAAGCGCAUACAUGAAUACAAGCGAAGAUGGUUCAGCAGCUACGGGCCAGGCAAAAUUAAGAAGCCGCCCUACACAUUCUACCGCCAGCGCAACAAUCUCAGGCACACCUACAUACAGCGGCACCGCUUCACAUACACCUGUCCCUACUCAACCGGAUUCCAAAACAGUUGUUCGUCAAGGAGGCGGUCAGACUUGGACAGAUUCCACCCUCCUAGAAUGGGAUCCGGCUCAUUUCCGACUUUUCGUCGGUAACCUCGCAGGCGAGGUCACCGAUGAUUCAUUGAAAAAGGCAUUCGCCAGAUACCCAUCGAUUCAAAAGGCGCGCGUUAUUCGCGACAAACGGACGGAGAAGAGUAAAGGAUAUGGAUUUGUCAGUUUCAGCGAUGGAGACGAUUAUUUCAAGGCUGCGCGAGAAAUGCAGGGGAAAUAUAUUGGUUCGCAUCCUGUUCUUUUGCGGCGAGCGAUGACGGAGGUUCGGCCUGUGCAGGAUAAGAGGGACAAGAAGGGGAAGAAGGGUGGAUAUGGAGGAGGAGGAAGUGGUAAGAAUCAACCGCACGGUACGGUGGGUGGAGGGAAACCGAAGGGAGAUGGUGUGAAGAAACAGGGUUAUACCAGGGGUGGGUUGAAGAUUCUUGGUUGA